AUGGCUUCUCUCUGGAGCUCACUGGAACAAGACAUGUUCAACCCACAGAAAAAGAGGCUGCUGGAAACUGUUCGUGUCUGGAAGACAGGGAGGAGGAAGAAGAUGUCCAUUCUGUGUCUUGUGGUGGACACCUUCAGGCCGAUGCAGCCGCUUCUGGUGAAGGUCAAGGUAGACCGAGGAGAGCAGUACAAGGUAGCCUACAGGUGGCCUUUAGCAGAGCUGAAGCUGGUAGACGGCAAGACUCUGGAUGAGGCAAGCCUGGAUUUUGAUCUGCACUUGGAUAAGGUUUACAAGUGGACCGCAAGCAGCUUAGAAGAGAAGAAAACCUUUAUCAGAUGCUUGCGGAAGCUGAACCACCGAUUCCUGGCCGGCUCUAUUGCCUUUGUGAAUGUCCCUUCCUGUGCAGCAGAAGCGAAACAAAGGCCCCAAGAAGAAAGGAAUGACCCUGCAGAGGCGGAGAGCCAGGAGGAGCUCCAUAUGUACCAGGAGAUGUCACCGAAGGAAGCUGCUGAUGUGUUGAAGCUGAUGGAGGAGUACGAGCCCCUUGUGAACAACUCUGUGGCCUUUGCAGAGCAGCUAAGCAAUGACCUCCAUGUGCUGGAUGAGGCCAACCUUAGAGCCAUUAUCUCUUCUGAGAAGCAGGUGACACAGCUGAUGAGCAACAUUGAUGAGGCCCUGGCAGAGGUGGCCAGAGUGGAGGAGACCUUGCAGAUCUACAAUGAGCUACUGGGAAGUGUGAAGCAGCAGAUGGACCACAUCCACCAGGAAAACUCCUUGCUACAUCGCAUCAUUUCCAACAAGACAAGGCUGAUGGAUGAGAUCCUCUUCCUCACGACCCACCUCAACCUCAGCAGGGAACACUGUGAUGCCCUGAGCCGGGCAGAUCUUUCCAGCCCCAGCAGGGUGAAAGCCUGUAUUGCUGCAGCAGAGGCUUUAUCUGCCUGCAUGAACAUCCAGAUCCAUCCCGGCUAUCGGAAGCUGCAGUCUGUGGCUGAGCAGCUGAUCAUGUUUGAAACACUCAAGCAGAACUUCGAGAGCUCUUUCAUCAGUCACAUUACAAACAUCUUUGAGAUGCAGGGCAAUGCUCAGGUCCCUGAUCUUGCUCAGCCCUUUGACAAGCCAUCUGCAUCAAGUCAUGCACUCCACCAUGAGGAACUGGUGCCCUACACCCCGCUCAUGGCCUGGCUGAGGAAUGUAAACCCAGUUCUGUUCUGUGAUCUCCCCAAGGUCUAUGCUCAGAACCUCAGCAGACUCUAUGACCGGGAAAUCAAAGCCCUUUUUGAACAGGCCAAAACCUUCUUGGUAGGAAGAAGAAAAGGAAGUCUUCAGGAAAGCUUAGAGAAGCCGACAGGAAGCAGGCAGCAGUCCCGAUGGAGUCUCCCUGGGAGCAGAGGAGGCCAGGAGCACACAUCAGACAAAGGAAACAUCAUCAUGAUACUGGAGCAGGUACUGAGAGAGCUACAACCCCUUUGCACCGCAGAGCAGCAGUUCAUUGAAAAAUUCUUCCAGCUAAGCCAUGAUGCUGCAGACCUGGAGACAUCUGCCACUAAGAGAGGAGAGAGCUCGGGAUCUCCUGAGGACCCUCCAUGCACCAAGCCUUGGAGCCAACUAGAAGAACCUACGACCCAGCUGCUGAGCGAGAUCUUCAGUUGCCUGGAACCAGAGCUGAGAGGGUUUCUAGAUAUCUGCAAUAAGAUCCACCCAUUUGGCUGCUUGCAGGUCCUGGUUACCUUGAAUGACUCCAUCUUUGAGAUGUGGGACUCUUCCUCAGCUCUCCCCGCGUCCUUCCUCAACACCAUCCUGGGCAACAUGCUGCUCUUGACCAAGAACAGCUUCAAUAAAUGCAUUGGGACCUUGUGCAAAGAGAUUGAGGAGACAAGGAUGCCCAGCAAGCUGAAAGGUGGGAUCCUGCCCUCUGUGAGCCGCUUCGAGGAGUUCGUGAGCUUCUCAGAGGAGGUGUUCAGGACAGCUCAGCGGAGAAGGGAGCUGGACAAAGCACACCUCAGGCUGGCCAGCAGUGUCUUCAGCAGCAUCAAUAGCCUGUCCUCAGCAAACCUGAAGGUGAACACAGAUAUGGUGAUGAUGGAAAACUUCCACCACAUUCAUUGCUUCCUGUGCCAAAAGAUGAUCCACUGCCUGGAAGACAAGAAGAUAGAAGCCAAGCAAAGAUAUAGUGAGCACAUGGAGAAAUACAUCAUCACAUACCUGGGCCAGCCACUGGAGAAGCUCAAUCAAUUCUUUGAAGGAGUGAAGGCCCGUGUGGCUCAAGGGGUGAAGGAAGAAGAGAUCAGCUUCCAGCUGGCCUACAGCAAGCAGGAGCUGAGGAAGGUCAUUGACAAAUACCCUGGCAAGGAAGUGAAAAGAGCCCUUGAGACCCUCUACAAGAAAAUCCACAAGGAUCUCUCCCCUGAGGAAAACCUUUUGCCGGUGGUGUGGCAUGCUAUGGAGCAGGAGCUCAUACAUCAGUACCAAGAGUUUGAGGAUCUGAUCCAGCGCUGUUAUGCAGGGUCAGGGAUUGCCAUGGACUUCACAGUGGAGGACUUGCUGAGCUACUUCAGCUCCAUCACUGUGUCCAAUAUGUAGAGGGAGCCCUCCCCACGUGUCUGUUGGGAGCAGCUCAGGAACCCUUGUCUGGAGCUGCACCUUGAAGGACCUAAGCAAAAUAUCCUUCCCAAGCUGAAGUGUGGGAUAUGGGGGUCCCAUCCUGAAUUAACACCAAGGUGCCUCUGACUUACUAAUUUUAGUCUAGAUGUCUCUUGAAGAAGUGGAGUUCUCAGACCCAAACUAAAACAGCUUCCCAGCUCCAAGAAACCAUCAUGCAGCUAGUAAAGGAACAUCCCAAACCUCAAAUUUCUGCCAAAGCAAGUACCAGCACUGCACCUCUUCAGCAGAGCAUUUCCCACUGCAGCUGAACAGUGAAAAGCAUCUUUUCUCCAGGAACUCUCCCUUUAUCUGCACUUAGAUUUCACAGCAAACCUGUAAUAAAACAAGAGGGUUACAACACA